AUGAGCUCAGCUGAAAAACUGGGAGGUAUGGGAAUCAUGCCUAAGAGAAAAAAGCAGAAAGGUGGUGAACACUGCAGCUUACACAGUAAAUAUGAAGUGAAAUUUCAAGAUCUGCUCUUAUUUAUUGUGGAAAGGAAAAUGGGAUCAAGCAGAAGAAUGUUCUUGAUGGAUUUAGCACGUAAGAAAGGAUUCAGAGUUGCUGAUAUCAUGAGUGAUUCAGUUACACAUAUUGUAACUGAGAAUAACUCCUGGAAUGAGAUUUGGGACUGGAUUCAAACCCAGAAGAUGUCAGAUGCCAGCAAGCUAAAUUUACUUAAUAUCUCAUGGUUUACAGAGAGCAUGGGUGCUGGUAAACCUGUAGACAUUGAGGAACGCCACAGACUGCAGGUGCAGAAGACUUGCUUGCUUCAAUCAGGUCCAUCGCCAGCUUCACCGGUGACAACUGUCUCUCAGUUUGCGUGUCAGAGGAAAUCAACACUUGACAAUAAAAACAAGAUAUUCACGGAUGCAUUGGAUCUUUUGGCAGAAAACUGUGAGUUCAAUGAAACUUAUGGCUCCUAUGUGACCUAUUCAAGAGCAACAUCAGUACUAAAAUCACUUCCUUAUACAAUAAGUGGAAUGAAUGACCUGGAGGAACUGCCCUGUUUUGGAGAACAGACAAGAACCAUAAUUGAGGAAAUUCUGGAAGAGGGCUUUUCCUCUAAGGUCAAUAAUCUGUUGCAGGAUGAGAAGUACAAAGCAAGGAAGCUGUUCACCAGUGUCUUUGGAGUGGGAGUGAAGACAGCUGACAAGUGGUAUGGACUAGGGUUUCGGACUUUAGAAGAAGUAAAAGCAACCAAAGAUCUGGCGUUUACCAAAAUGCAGAGGGCAGGGUUCUUGUACUAUGAAGAUAUCAUACAGGCUGUAAGUAAGACAGAGGCAGAAGCUGUGGGCCAAAUGAUUCAAGACAUUACCCGUGAAUGCACUUCUGUUGCCCAGGUGACUUUGACAGGAGGAUUUAGAAGAGGCAAAGAUGUUGGACAUGAUGUGGAUUUUAUAAUCAGCUGCCCUGAGGAAGGGGAUGAUGAAGGUCUCCUCCAGAAAACAGUCAAUAAACUGGACCGUCAGGGUGUGCUUCUGUUCUGUGAUUUUGUGGAGGCCACAAUGGAAAAGAGAAAACUACCCAGCAGAAAAUAUGACGCCAUGGAUCAUUUCCAAAAAUGCUUUCUGAUUCUAAAAUUAGAGGAAAGACUUUUGGACAAGAGAGAGCUCAGUGUGGCCUCCAGGUCUGCAGUGAGGCUAAAUGAUAAGGGAACAGAACAUGAAAACAAGACUAUGAUUAAAGGCUGGAAGGCUAUCCGUGUGGAUCUGGUUGUUGUGCCUGCUCAGCAGUAUGCCUUUGCACUCUUAGGAUGGACUGGAUCAAGGCAAUUUGAACGUGACUUAAGAAGAUAUGCCAACCGCGAGAAAAACAUGUUACUGGACAACCAUGGUCUAUAUGAUAAAAGGAAGCAGGUAUUUCUUAAAGCUAACACUGAGGAAGAAAUCUUUGCUCACUUGGGCUUGGAAUACCUUGAACCACAGGAAAGAAAUGCUUAAUCUCCAGAAGUAGGAAGAGCCUUUUCAAUAAAACUCACUCAAUACAAUUUUGGCAGAGGAAAAUUAUCUUACUUUGUAUAAUUUGAUUUCAAAGCCAUUGGUUUAUAAAAAGCUAAUACAACAAUAAUUGUCAACCUUGAGUGUCUAAACCGUGCUCUCCAGUCUAGCAGCAGGAUAUGACAGACAUAAAUUGUAAAUGAAACUACUUUGUAGAGAGCUACUCAGCCACCAAGUAAUGGAGACUUAGGAUCAUAGUAAACAAAGAGGGUGAUUGAUUUUUAUUUGUUGAUUUGCUUAUCAAAGAAAACUCUGGAUCUCAGAUGUAAAGAAUAAUGACCCAGCAUCCAUGGCCUUUUGGAAGGGUGAAUUCCACAUUUCCUUUGGCCAACUUUCUUAAAAACAUGAUUUAUUGCAUUCACUAUGUUGCUUUUUUUUGAUUUUUUUUCUCUGUGAUUACAUAUCAGAUACCAUAACAGUUUUGGAAAUUACAUAAUGUGCCGUUAUAUGUAGAAUUCUGCGAAUCCUUAAUAAGCUUCUCAUAACUCGGUUUAAACUAUUUUUCUUGAUACUAUAAUGUAAGAAAUUAUAAAACUAACAGCUUGCAGUAAAGCUCCAAUCAAUUUUAAAUACAUGGUCACAGUUUCUAUAAAUUUUACUGGAAUAGAUACAUCAAGCAUCUCUGUCGGGCAUUGUAGCCAAAAUAACAAGCAUGUACAAUUUUGUUAAGGUAAGAAUCUGAAAAACUGAUGCAAAAAAUAAUAUAUCUGCAACUUACCCUUUUUCUGUAUUGUUAUAUUUCCUUGUGAU